GGGGUCAGUGGGUCUGUACCCGAUCCCGUAAACCACAGAUACUAAGAAUGGGGUCUCGAUGUGGGGCUGACAUACCCCCACCAAAAAAUGGAGCUGCCUGGUAUAUAAGCAGCGCAAUUUUCACGAUAUCACCUGUACUCGUCAGAAAUGGCUCUUAAUCCUAAGUUAUACCAAUUUCUCAUCUGUUGUUUUGCUUCCAUUGGAAGUUUUGCUUAUGGGUACGAUCUUUCGGUCAUUGCCCAAGUAGUGGCCUCUGAAAGUUUUGUCAGUCUGAUGCACCCCACUACCAACGAGUCGAGUGCUGUGGUGUCGUUGUUCACAGGAGGUGCCUUUUUUGGGUCAUUCUUUGCUGGCUACUUAUCGGACUACAUUGGAAGGAAGUACACUAUUAGUGUUGGGUGCUUGGUGUUUAUCUUAGGAGGGAUCUUGCAAGCUGCAUGCACAAAUAUUGGAAUGCUUUUGGCCGGCCGGUUUAUUGCUGGAGUAGCAGUUGGAAAGCUUUGUAUGAUCAUUCCAUUGUUCCAGGCCGAAUUAUGUCACCCUUCUAUCAGAGGAACUGUCACUUCGCUUCAACAGUUCUUUUUGGGAAUUGGGGCUUUGGCAUCUUCAUGGAUUGCCUACGGGUCUUACAUUGGUUUGGCAGGCUCGGAAAAACAAUUUAGAGUGCCCUUGGGACUUCAGGUGGUGCCCAUCGGAUUAUUGUUUUUCGCAACCUACUUUCUUCCUGAAAGUCCAAGAUGGUUGGCUGCUCAUGGUAAGCAAGACAAGGCCUUAAUUACACUUGCCAAUUUGCAUUCAAAUGGGAAUGUUCAGGAUUCAGAGUGUAGGGCUCAGUACGAAGAGAUCAUUGAAGAGGUGGAGUUCGAGAAACUCAAUCCUACUUUGAGUUGGAUUGGUCUUUUCUCUACAAAGGACAGAGCCAGAAGAGUGGUGUUGUGUUGCGCGUUGCAAGCAUCUGUCCAGUUGACAGGGGUGUCUUCCAUUCAAUAUUUUAGUCCUACAAUUUUUGCCAAUAUGGGGUUGAGCACAGGAAGAACAUUGCUUUAUCAGUCGAUCAACUCGAUCAUUGCCUUGAUUGCCCAAGCAUUGUGUGUGUUAACCAUUGAUAAGACUGGUAGAAGAUGGGUUCUUAUUUCCUGUAAUGCCUUGAGUUGUCUUUGCUUUAUCGUUGCAACCAUUUUGUUGGCUACUUUCCCUGCUGCUACCACUACCAGUAGACCCGCCCAAAUCGGAUUUAUCGCCAGUACUUGGAUCUACAACUUUGUUUUCAGUUACGGAAUUGGUCCUCUUUCGUGGGUGAUUCCUUCUGAAAGUUUCAAUUUGCAGAUGAGAGCUAAAGGUAUUUCGUUGGCAACUAUGGUGUCCUUUGCUUUCAACACCAUGUUUGGCCAGGUCACCACCGUUGCCAUGGAACAAGUUGGUUAUAAGUUCUACUUCACCUUCUGUGUGUGUUGUGCCAGUAAUGCUGUGUUUUUCUGGGCUUUCAUGCCUGAAACCAGAAGAGUUCCUCUUGAGCUCUCAGACGAAUACUGGAGAGAAGCUCCUUACUUUAUUCCCGGAUGGAGGCCAACCAGAAACUAUGACGAAGACUUGAAAGAAAAGAUUGAGCUUCUCGAGACAGGAAGAAACUUCGAGGGAGGUUCUGUUGACGACUUCAAGGUUGAUGUUGAACAUAACGAGUAAUUGUGUAGCUAUUCCACUUAUACUAUUGUUAAGCUAGUGAAACCGGUUUUCAUUUCUCUAUUAAUGUAUAAAUAUGUGUUUGCAAAA